AUGUCGACGGACCUGUACACAAUAAGAGCAUGGGAGCAGAUAUCCUAUCUUUGCCCACAGUCAAGCCAGGACCACGUCCGCGAGGUAUGGAAUCUGAUCCUGAAACCGGUCUUCCCCCAUGUAUCGAUUGACGGUGAGUUUUUCACAGUGACCAACGAGGACGACCAAGAUCGAUUCCCCCAGAUUGCCGUUGCUAAUCCGAUUGGUCGGUUUCCAACCGUCCCACUCUUCAAGGUCUACUGCAUCGGAUUUCCUGCCCCUGACACGGAUAUGUGGAAGGAACUCGAAGACGCGGUUCAGCUCGACUUGCUCGAGGCGUCGAGCCUUUUGGAGGGAAAGCCUCGGGCAAGCCUUUUUGCAGCUAUUGCUAUUGGCCCACUGGUACGUUUCUACAGACUGGAUGAGGAGGACUAUUUCUGCUAUGUUGAGUAUCGAGAUAGAGAUGCGUACGACAUACAUCGGGAUUUCAAUGUCAUUGUGGAACAUCUGCUCCAGAUUCGGGGGGCUAUGGCGUGA